AUGAAGGAGAUCCAUGGCGAAGAAGCAGGGGUUCCUCCAAGCGACCUGCACCAGCAUCUUGGCGACCUACUCAAGAACCAGGACGCAGCAGACCUAACCUUUCAAGUCGGUGCACAGAGAUUCUCUGCUCACAGGUGUGUCCUUGCUGCUCGGUCGUCAGUCUUCAAGGCUGAGCUCCUCGGCGCCAUGGAGGAGAGUUCCUCUGGUCAUAUUGAAAUAUGUGACAUGGAAACUGAUGUUUUCAAGUCCUUGCUCCAUUUCAUUUACACCGACUCGGUUCCUCCAGUGCUUGAUGUGGUAAUGGCCAGCCAUCUUCUCGUGGCGGCUGACAGGUACAAUAUCGGCAGGCUGAAGCAGAUCUGUGAGGAAAAAUUGUGCAAUAACAUUGAUGCCAACAUGGUGGCUACCAGCUUGGCUUUAGCGGAGCAGCAUGGUUUCCAUGAUCUCAAAGAAGCUUGCUGGCAGUUCCUUGCUUCUCCCUCCAAUUUGGAGGCGAUGAUGGCAAGUGACAGUUAUGAGCAUCUCAAGUCCAGUUGUCCAUCUGUUUUCAAGGAGCUAAUAGCUAGAAUCCUCCCGGCUGAAUGGAACGCGGCUAAGGAUAUUGUCCUGACAAUGUGGAAGUAA